CACUUCCAGCGGGCGGUGCCGGGCCCGGUGCCGCCGGUGCGGGCCGGGGGUGCGGGAGGCGGAGCGAGGCACCGCUCCCGGUUCCGCUCGCCGUCCCGCUUCCGAUCCCAGUCCCGAUCCCGGUCCCGGCGCGCCAUGGUGGUGCUGCGGGGCGGCGCGGGCCCCGAGGAGCCGUUCCCGAGGAUCGAGGACUGCCUGCCCCUGCUGGAGGACUCCCCGUCCAAGCGGUUCUCGCCGUCCAAGAGGAAGCAGUACUACAUCAACAAAGCCAUCCGCAACUCCGACCUCAUCCCGCGCGCCAAGGGCCGCAAGAGCCUCCAGAGGCUGGAGAACACUCGGUACCUGAUGACACUUCUGGAGCAGGAUGACUGCGGGAGCGACGAGGGAGAGCUCAGCCACUCGGCCACCCCCAGCAUCUUCACCGAGGCCUGCAACAAUGAGACCUACGUGGAGAUCUGGAACGACUUCAUGAACCGCUCGGGAGAGGAGCAGGAGCGGGUCCUGCUCUACCUGGAGGAGGAGGCCAGGAAGAAGCACAGGAGGAAGCUGCCUGUCAAGAAUGAAGACAAGUGGAAAGAGCUGCCAGCCUACACCCCCCAGGAGUGCUUCCAGCGCAUCAGCCGCCGCCUGCGCGCCACCCUGAAGCGGGGCCGGAUCCCCAUGGGCACGCUGGAGGGGCUGGAGGAGGAGCUGCUGGCCUUCUUCUCUGUCACCCCCCACUCUGUCUACACGGCUCUGAUGGAUAACAGCUUUGAGCGGCUCCUGCUCCACGCCCUCUGCCAGUACAUGGAUCUCGUCUCUGCCAGUUCGGACAUCGAAGGGAAGCGUCAGAUGAAAGUGAGCAACAAACACCGCGUGUUCCUGCCCCCGGAGCUGCUGCUCUCAGACUACCUGGGGCAGAUGAGCUGAUGCCCCCGCGGCUGCCCUGCCCCUCCUGCAGCCUCUGCAGCCCCUCCCGGACCUUCCUCGGCCUUUUCCCCCGCUCCAGGCCGGGGUGUGCGGCCGUGCCCUGGGGUGCGCGCGGGGAGCACGGCAGGCGCCCCUCGCCCUCCCCGCUCCCCUCACAACCCUCCUGGAACUCUGUGUGUGUCUAUUUAUAUAACCCAGGUGUUUUUAAGACUAAUCAGGCGGGGCCAGCCUCCCCGCGGCGCUGACGCUGGCGGGGCCGUGUCGGUCCGGAUUUUUCCGCGGUGAAGCAGCUCCCGAGCCACUGAGGCUGAGGCAGAGCCCCGAGCCCGCCGGGGGCGUGUGGGGAGCUCCGGGUGGUUUUUUCACCCCCCGCGCCCCUGCGCCCUGCCCGCACCACGGGGCUGGUUUUUAAGUGUAAUAUAGCUUGUGUUUUUUAUCACGUGUGUGGGUAUUUACAUGUGUGUGUGUGUGUGUGUGUGUGCUGGAGGGGUGCAGCCCGCUUUGGGGCUCUGCUUUUCCACAGCUGCCCCCCCCCCCCCAAAAAUGGGGCGUUUCGGGGGUCCCUGUGUGUGCCCCCCCCGUGUCGCUGGCGUGUGCCAAGGGUUGCUGUGUCCCGCGAUGCCACCGAGUGCCAUUAACCGUGGGCACCCCCAGACCCUGGGGAGCCCCUCGCGCCCCCUUCGCCGCUGUGGGCACGUUCAGGAACAAUAAAAACGGUGCUCCCCUG